AUGGGCACCCGCGACGACGAGUACGACUAUCUCUUCAAAGUGGUGCUGAUUGGAGACUCCGGCGUGGGAAAGAGUAACCUCUUAUCUCGUUUCACACGGAACGAAUUCAACCUGGAGAGCAAAAGCACCAUCGGGGUGGAGUUUGCCACCAGAAGCAUCCAGGUGGACGGGAAGACGAUAAAGGCCCAGAUCUGGGACACGGCAGGCCAGGAGCGCUAUCGCGCCAUCACCUCUGCCUACUACCGCGGUGCCGUGGGGGCCCUCCUGGUGUACGACAUUGCCAAGCACCUGACCUACGAGAACGUGGAGCGCUGGCUGAAGGAGCUGCGGGACCACGCGGACAACAAUAUCGUCAUCAUGCUGGUGGGGAACAAGAGCGAUCUGCGUCACCUGAGAGCCGUGCCGACGGAUGAAGCCCGCGCUUUCGCAGAAAAGAACAACCUGUCCUUCAUUGAAACGUCAGCUCUUGACUCAACAAACGUAGAAGAAGCCUUCAAGAACAUCCUCACAGAGAUUUAUCGCAUCGUGUCCCAGAAGCAGAUUGCGGACCGGUCUGCCCACGACGAGUCUCCGGGGAACAACGUGGUGGACAUCAGCGUGCCUCCCACCACCGACGGACAGAAAUCCAGUAAACUCCAGUGCUGCCAGAACCUGUGA